AUGUUCUUCAAACACACCAACGGCUCGUACAAGCGAGUGCCUAUCAUGCAGAACAGCGCCUUGCCGAACGGCAUCAACGGUGGCAUGACCAUCUACUACACACAGCAAGACUUCAACGGAAAUGGUAACCAGAAGAUUACUGCUUUUCCCAAGGGCUUCCGAAUGACUGUAGGUUCGCCUACAACCAACACGGUAGAAGACGCGAAGAAACACCCAGGUCUUCGCUUCGUGUGUCUGCAAGACAAGAACACCCGCUUCCCCGAGAGCCCAGACUUCCCACCUAAGGCCUGCAAAGGUGGCAUCAUGACUGUGCACCACUUCCCCUCUUGCUGGGACGGCAAGAACGUCGACUCCCCCAACCACCAAGAUCAUAUGUACAACACUGCCAAAGAGGCAUUCACUGUUGCCGGCGCAUGUCCGUCUUCGCACCCAGUGCGCAUGCCACAGGUUGCCUAUGAGACACUGUGGGAUACGACUCAGUUCAGCAACAUGUGGCCCAAGGAUGGCUCCAACCCCUUCUUCCUUUCCUACAAUGACAACAAGGGAUAUGGUACCCACGCGGAUUACCUCUUUGGUUGGAAAGACGACAGUCUACAGAAGGCGAUGGACAACAACUGCAUGUUCCAAGCUUGCGAGAAUGGAAGACCUUUGAAGAGUCAGAAUGUUCAGGCCAUGAACCAAUGCCAAGUCAAGAGUGCUAUCAAGGAGAAUAUCGAUGGCUGGCUUGACCAUAUGCCCGGUAUGGCGAUGUAG